AUGGACGGCGAAGCACCUGACCAAUCCCUACCUUCACAAUCCAUGGCGUCCCUGUCAAUCACCUCGCAGCCACAGGAUCAAGGCUCUUCUUCCAGUUCCUCCAAUUCCACAACCCAAAUGAGUGUGGAGGAGAAGUUCAGGAUUGUGAGAAGUAUUGGGGAGGAGUGUAUACAGGAAGAGGAGCUGAUGAAUCUUUUGGCCAAUAAGCCUCAACCUGUUUGCUACGACGGGUUCGAGCCCUCCGGUCGAAUGCACAUUGCUCAGGGAGUAAUGAAGGUGGUUAAUGUCAACAAAUUGGUUUCUGCUGGUUGCAAAGUAAAGAUUUGGAUUGCGGAUUAUUUUGCUCAGCUAAACAACAAAAUGGGGGGUGAUUUGAAGAAAAUCCAGACUGUUGGAAAGUAUUUGAUUGAGAUAUGGAAAGCCGUGGGGAUGAAUUUGGAUGGAGGUCAAGUAGAGUUUUUGUGGUCUUCUGAAGAGAUUCUUUCUCGGGGACAUGAAUACUGGCCUCUUGUUUUGGACAUAGCUCGAAGAAACAAGCUUCCCAGGAUAUUGAGGUGUGUUCAAAUCAUGGGUCGGUCUGACCAGGAGGAGUUGACAGCGGGCCAGAUUUUCUACCCCUGCAUGCAAUGUGCUGAUAUAUUUUUCUUAAAGGCUGACAUCUGUCAAUUGGGCAUGGAUCAGCGAAAAGUGAAUGUACUUGCAAGAGAGUACUGUGAUGACAUCAAGCGGAAAAACAAACCUAUCGUAUUGUCUCAUCACAUGCUUCCUGGUUUGCAGCAAGGGCAAGAGAAGAUGUCCAAGAGUGAUCCAUCGUCAUCCAUCUUUAUGGAAGAUGAGGAGGCAGAUGUAAAUUUGAAAAUAAAGAAGGCAUAUUGCCCUCCUAAGGUCAUAGAAGGAAAUCCAUGUCUGGAGUACAUCAAAUACAUUGUUUUACCUUGGUUUCAUGAGUUCACAGUUGAACGCAAUGCGGACAAUGGCGGUGAAAAGACCUUCCAGAGUUUUGAAGAACUAGCUGCUGACUAUGAAAGUGGGGAAUUGCAUCCUGGAGACCUUAAACCUGCACUAUCCAAAGCAUUAAAUAAGAUACUGCAGCCUGUGCGUGACCAUUUCAAGAAUGAUGCUAAUGCAAAGGAGUUACUGAAAAGAGUGAAGAGUUACAAGGUAAGCAGAUGA